AUGUUGAGAAAUUCUUUAAGAGUUGCGCAAAGACGAGGCUAUUUUCAAGUCUCGCGGUUGAAGAAUGGCCUGAGAGUUGCCACGAGUGAUACACCUGGGCACUUCAGUGCAUUGGGUAUGUACGUAAGCAGUGGGUCCCGUUACGAGACAGGUAGUUUAAAAGGUUGUACACAUAUUGUUGAUAGACUAGCGUUCAAAUCGACAAAGAAUAUCGAUGCGCGUUCGAUGAUGGAGACUUUAGAACUAUUAGGGGGAAAUUACCAGUGCACUUCCUCGAGAGAAUCAAUGAUGUACCAGGCCUCUGUGUUCAAUAGGGAUGUGGAAAAGAUGCUAAACUUACUUGCAGAGACUAUUCGCUUUCCAAAAAUUACUGAAGAAGAGUUACAAGAACAAAAAUUUACCGCACAAUAUGAAAUAGACAACAUUUGGACCAAGCCGGACUUGAUCUUGCCUGAACUGUUACAUAACACUGCAUACUCAGGGGAGACUUUGGGUUCCCCUCUUAUUUGCCCCAGAGAAAUAUUACCAUCCAUUACAAAGAAAAGCUUGCUGAACUAUAGGGAAAAGUUCUACAAUCCCGAAAAUACCGUCGCUGCCUUUGUUGGGCAACCUCAUGAGAAAUCCAUUGAAUUAGCAGAAAAAUAUUUGGGUGAUUGGACUACAACAGGUGAGCCUUUAGAUAAAACUGCUGCACAUUAUACCGGUGGUGAAACAUGCAUACCAUCUGCUCCUGUAUUUGGAACAAUGCCAGAACUAAUGCACAUACAAAUUGGUUUUGAAGGGUUACCUAUUGACCACCCUGACAUAUAUGCUCUAGCCACAUUACAGACAUUGCUUGGAGGUGGUGGCUCAUUUAGUGCAGGUGGACCUGGCAAGGGUAUGUAUUCCCGUUUAUACACUCAUGUUUUGAACCAGUACUAUUUCGUUGAAAACUGUGUCUCUUUUAACCAUGCUUACUCUGAUUCUGGUAUUUUUGGCAUAUCACUUUCAUGCAUACCUCAAGCAGCACCUCAAGCAGCAGAAGUUAUCGCACAACAAUUUUAUAAUUGUUUCGCAAAUGGCGCCUUACGUCUAACAGAUGCAGAGGUUUCAAGGGCCAAAAAUCAACUAAAAUCGUCCUUGCUAAUGAACUUAGAAUCAAAACUAGUAGAACUAGAAGACAUGGGUAGACAAGUUUUGAUGCAUGGCAAAAAGAUACCUGUAUCUGAAAUGGUUUCUAAAAUCGAGUCCCUCACAACAAAAGAUAUUAGUAGAGUCGCAGAGAUGGUAUUUACAGGUAAAGCUCACAACAAGGGCAAUGGAACCGGUAGGGCGACGAUUGUUAUGCAAGGUGAUAGAGCUGCUUUUGGUGAUGUUCAGGAAGUGCUUGGUCACUACGGUCUUGGUUCAAGCUCUUUUAGCACUGACCAAUCAAAAUCAUCAACAACAAAGCUGAAAUGGUUUUAG